CAUUACAUACUUCGUUAAUCACAGUGCCUCGUACUUCUAUACCACACUGAGUUAGUCUCACCAGUAAUCGAGUGGGGAAGUCCGAUCGGCCUUAUUCAGGUCAGGGUUGUUUCGCGUUCUUUUUACUACGAGUGAACACCUUUACUUGCGAUUACUGGGCAUUGCCUCGCUAAAGCCCUCACAAUGGCCCCUCUAUUUCCGAGCUCCCCGCCGCUUCCCCCCAUCCACGACGCGCCCUCUCCAACUUCCAGCGAACCGCCCCUCUUCUCCAGCGACGACCCCUUCGACGGCGAAGACGCAACUAAUUAUAUAUCGCCACGAUUCAAGCGAAAGCGCGUAGGUCCCUGGUACGAGACAGAAGAACCGCCGCCUUUGAUUAUAUCCAAAAAAUCGAGGUUCACCCGCAAUUUCGACUCUGGAGUUUGGCUCCUGAGUGACGAUUCUGAAAUGGCGCAGGAGGAGACCAAGGUGAAAGAUACAAUCAUGGACCCAGUCGAGGAAGCCAUGGUUGCCCAUCUUAUGGAAGGAGUCAACCAUAAUGACACGCUCUACGACUUAAGCAGACGGCAUCUCGAGGACAAACAUAUAGCCCGUAUCGCAGCUCUCAACCAAGUCAUUGUUCCACCCCAAAACCCAGACACCGAGCUUCCGGACGAAGGUCAAUUCCGCACCAUGGUCCCCAGACUCUUCGUGAGCCUAAAAGAAAACAACCUCCAAUUCCCGCACGCGGAGCUCUUUGCCGUCGAAAAUCUUGUGGCGCUCACCCUGCGCGAGAACAGCAUACGUGAGCUGCCUCCACAGAUCAACAAGCUUCGCAAUCUUACGACCCUUGAUCUCUCACUAAAUCCACUUACUUCACUUCCCUUUGAGCUGGUAGAUAUGGCGAGACACGGCAGCCUGCAGUCGAUACGGGUGAAUGGUUGUGACCUUCCCACCCUACCCAAAGCGCAAGAAUCAAUCCGAAGCUUGUGCCGAAAGUUGGCUUCAGCACGCAAUCAGGAAUUUGAUGGCGUGUAUGUGCCUACUUUAGCUGGAUUCAAUGAGGCCAACUUCAGUAAUCUCCUCGACACUCUGAACGUUGGUGAGGCCGCACGCGUGAUACGCAUAUUGCGCAGGAAGCAACUGCCUUUGGGGACCGUGGAGCCAAACUUGAAGGCUUAUCACAUCGGCAACACCGAGGUCUCGUUCUACAACCAGUACGGUGAACUCCUGCCAGGCUCUCCAAAACUUCCCCAAUCUGCCGCUGAGGAGUGUAUCUUCAGCGUCUACUUGCAUGGUAGAAGAGUCGGUCCACCAGCCAGCAAUUUCCGACCACCAUCUGGAUGCACACCACUACUCUCUGCAUCCAUGGUGAAAAGUCUCGAACAUCUCACUCCUUCGGACGUUGAACUCUUUCUCCUCGAGGCUGCUCGUUCUCUACCUGCCAGCGUAGAGUUUUUCCUCGACAAAGCAAGGGAAAACCAACGGCGCUUUCACAAUCCGCUCAAGAAAUGUACCAUUUGCGGUCGCAACUUUGUGGUCGCUGCAACUGAGUGGUUGGAGGUGUGGUACUACCUUGCAAGUGAGUUGCCUUUUAAAAGGCAAGGAUGCUCAUGGAAGUGUGUACCUGAUAUUCCUGAAAACCCUGUAGACUUCAAGGCACACCUACACCAACGCCUACGCUGGGCACCUUGAGAAGCACAGAAUUUUGGUCGGUUGCUUAGAUGUGUGGGCCUUCCAG